UCUUACGUCUCAUUCAGAUAUAUCAUAACGAUAAUUAUCAGCGAAGGCGGAAGGAGCGAUUCAAAGUAAUUUUAAAGGAAAAAGAAAAAAAAACACGAGUUCUCUGGUUAAAGAUGCGGCGCGUAACUAUCAUAGACUCAUAGGAAUAGACUACGCGAGUGACGCUCCAUUGAAGGACAGAAAUAGUUUGUCAAUCGUGCUCUCUCUCUUUUUCUCUCUCGCACAUCACAAGAGUGGGGAGAAGACGACUGGCGAGGUGACCAACUAAAAAUGUAAACUGUUUUAUCUCAUCAUAGGUGUAUAAACGCCGCUUACCAACCGAUCUAUUAGAAAGAGACGGAACAAUUUGCACUAUUGCUCUCUGUUUCUAACGUCGGUGUCAGCUCCUCUCGCGGGACGCGCAGUGUAUUUCUAUAAGUCCUACGGGCGGUCGUACACACUCGCUCGCGUGCGUGAUGUCUGCGUGAUAUCGAGAAAAUUGCUAAAUAAGGAAAUCGUUGCUGGUCAGCGCGGAUCCGCGUUGCUACCGCCGCCGCUACUGGUAAUGCUAGUAUAAGCACCGACUGAAGUUCAGGGUCAAUCGCCGUGCGGACCGAGCGGCCGGCCGGCCGGCCGGCCGGAUUACGUUCGCGCUUACGCGCUCACGUUCUUCUUUCUUCUAUUUGGGCCUUGAGGAGUUGCCGGGCAGGGUCUUGUGCCCGCGCGUUGCACCGCGGACGUAACAAAUGACCGGACGGUUAUCCGCGCUGUUAUCCGGGCGGAUCGAAGCCGCGGGACACGAGAGAGGAGAAUGAACAUUUCGUAUAUUUUACGCUUCGCAGCGCCAUUGCUCGAGCAUAGCUACGUGCAGCGCUGUACGCGGAAUACUUCUCACGCUGCAUUUACAUUCCUCACGUCGGGAACACCUCACGAGUGUAUUUUAAUACAGCCGAGAUCGCCGCUUUUGGCGUGGCCUUGCCGUGGCGUGUAAAUGAGUCAGGCGGAAACGAGGAAUGUCGAGUGAAGAUCGUUUCGCGAGGAUCAGACGCAAUAUUAAUUUCGGAAAAUGCCGCGGCGACGCUGGAAACGCCGACUUAUGCGCGCACACAUGGUGAAAGGCGGUUCGGCGGACAAAAAAGGGAGAGCAUGAAUAUGGAAAGAGAGGCGAAAAAGCGGAUCCUCUUCUCGACCCCUAACAUCCUCCUUACAUUCUCGCUGGCAGGGAGUCCCCCGAAGGUACGAAGAACUGGACCCUUCAAAUCCGAUCGAGUACCGACUAUCGAACGUGCACUUUGUGAAACUCGGUUGGACUUCGUUGCCGAUAACCAAAAGCAUGAGAAAAAUCGUUCAAUAUGAAGCCAGGCCGGCAAAACCAAAUCUGUGGUUCAAAAAAUAUGGGCACAAGGGCACGGUUUAUUAUGACGAUGGAACAACAUUAUUUCUGAAAUUCCAUUCCGACGGUUCCAGCGAGAUAUUUUAUCCGAACGGUAUAUUGGCUAUCAGAGUUUACAGACCCGAAAACCGGAAAUACGAUAUGUACACCGUGUUCGCGCCAGGAGGCAAGGACGCGCUGGGUAUCGAGAGGGCAUCUCAGAUCCUGGCGAUAUUCGACACGAUGGGGAACGGCGUCGUCCUCGACGAGGACGGCGCGGCGAGGCUGUCCUACAACCAGAUCGGUGGAAUUUUUACGGACAAUCCCGCCGGUCUGCCCCUCGCCUGGACCUGGCGCGUUGGUCCGAAGGAGCCGAUACUCGAGACUGUGUACACGGAAAAAUUCACCGACCAGUUGCAAAUGAAAUUUGCUCCCGCGAUAGAUGAACAGGCGAACAGUUCCGGAAAUGUUAAGACACCGAUAUCACAGUCCAGUUCGAGAAAUAAGGAAAAGAAGGUCGUCGAGGUACGGAAACCUGUUGUCGAGCAACGACAAGAAGGAGAGGUCGAAAGCAAACUGAAUGACAAUCGAGAUUCUUCUGGCAAAAACACUUUUCACAUAAAAAUAAUUUGCAUGAAGUUGAAUGAAUUUCUCAGCUUGCGAAUUAUCGAUCAAAAGAAUAUCAGUUUACAAUUUUCUGUUAAAAAUAAACGAAUCAGAAUAGAAUUAGGCACUAUCUUGAAUUUUAAUAAAGAAGUAGCGUCUUACGUGGUGGAAGCAAGCGAUUGGAAAAGCGAUCUGCUGAAGUAAAUCAAUACUAUAACGCAAAGAGAAACUUGUCAAUUAAACACGUGACAGAAAAUUGCGCUUCCUUCACAGAUGCAGAUUCCAGGAAAAUUUAUCCAAAAAAUUAGAAUCCGACAGCAGUUUGUGCGAUUUAGCUAAGGAGUAUCGAAAAGUGAAAAGAUACGCGAAAGAACGUAAAGCUAUGAUUGCCAAGUACAGAUUUUUCUGAAAAUUAACUAUGGCUGCAAUUGCAAAGUCGAGAACAGCACUGAAAGAUUUUAAACUACGCGGGAUUGAAGAUACAUGAAACUUCGCCUAUCUAUCGGACU